AUGCCUGAUGAUACCAUCUCCAAAGCAGACCAUGAUCUGCUUUCCCGCUUGAAUGCCCUCAAGAAAUCCACCGUGACCUUUGACCAAACCCCUCGGUCGACGCUUUCAUCCCAUCCUUCGCUCCCGCUCGAUCCAGCCCCUGCGCGCGACCUCCAUUCCGAGUUGUUGACGCGAUGGAAAUCUCUCGGAGGCAGCGCUGACACUACGGUCGGCAGUGCUACAACCUCGGCGGAGAAGGCGGAGGAUGACAAGACAGUAGAGGAGCUCCUUGCGGAUCUCGGGCCUUCCGAUGCUUGGGAUGUCGGGAAAAGUGAGGAAACACAGAUUGAGGAGUUGUUAAAAUCAGCAAGGUCUACACUUGACGAUGUUCAAGCGGAAGCAAGACAAGGAGACGAUGCCAGACAAGACCCUGUUCGACUGCUACCGACGAUCGACGUCUCCGUCUUCCAGCCCGAGCCCGAGUCUGAUGAAGAGGAGGACUCUGCCACAGUUAGGCGUGACAGAAUAACACGGGCAACUUUCGAUCAAGAGGCGGAUGACUUGCUCGCGAGAAUUCUUGAUGAAGUGAAACUUGAGCCUCCGGCGGCAGCAGAAGAGGAAGAGCGGGAUAACGGUGACGACGACGACGACGACGACUACAAGGACUCGGAGAGACCCAACAAUAGCCAGAACGAGACUCACGCGCUGGACCUACCUUCUACCCCCUCCAAGGACCCCGAACCUGUACCCGGCGUCGGUGAGCACGACACCAGCCAGGACAACGACGAUGAUCUAGCCAGUCGCUUUGCAAGUCUAUCACUACCAUCGGUGCCGACUACCAUUCGAAGCGCGAAGCCGUCGACUCCGACAAAGUCGGGCACGGGAGCGGGUUUCACCGACGAAGAAAUCGACACAUGGUGCAUCAUUUGUAACGACGACGCAACUCUGCGCUGCAUCGGCUGUGACGGAGACCUAUACUGCACCAACUGCUGGAUGGAAGGUCACCGAGGCGAGGACGCGGGUCUUGAAGAACGCAGGCACAAAGCCAUACAGUUUGUCAAGGGAGGUGGAAAGAAGAAAACACCCAAAAGGAGAGUCAUGAUGGGCGCUUGA